UUUGUUUAUCGCGCUGCGGACCGCCUCGCAUUUCGCGUCGCCUUGGGCCAAUUAGAAAAUCCCUGCUCCGCGAAAAUUCCACUCGAGAGUUGCAGUUCCGCGGGGUGAACUAAAGUGUUUUCCGCGAAAUUCUUACUUGGCUAAGAAAACGAAGAAAAAGUGAAAAUCCAAGGGAGAAACGAGAAAAAGUCUAAUGCAAGCGGUGCAAAAUAAGUGCAAGAAAUGUGCUAAAAAUAAUGAAGAGUAAUGAGGAGGCCCCAUACCGAGAUUGUUCCUCCUAUAGCAUAAGCUGGUCAUGAUCGGGGGCAGAAGAUGCAGCGAGGCCGCCCGGCGGUUGCGAAGGCGUCCCGAUACCCUGGAACUGUCAGUUUUGGGCGGCCAACCCAUGGAAUCGGAACUCCAGGAGGAAGAUGAUGAACGGACUCCAGCUACAGGAACUGGAAAUGCAGACGAAUCUGGAACCAAAAGUGCCGAAGCAACCAGUAAAAGAACUCGCUGGUUUCAGUUCGCCAGGAGUUCGAAAAAUCGAAGGAAACGACUGCACUGCGAUGAUGAUGAGGAAACUGAGGAGCAGGGCGGAAGGAACUCCGAUAAAGAGGGCACCCGGAGGGCGUGUCUCGCCCAACCGGAGGGCAUGAAUAUUGGCAGCUCCACACAAACCAUUGCCACGCCCCUGAUGGUGGGUGACAGUUUCUACAGUCUGGCCCCCGAAGGAGCCAAUCCAUCAACCAAUAGGUCCUUUGACCAGGAGCUGUACAAGCAGAGGGAUCCAUCGGUGGCCUCGGAAACAAAGUCGUUACCGAGUAUGAGACGUCUGUCCCAGAUAAGAAGGCGCCGCAGCUCGUACUACUUUUCGGAAAACGAACGCAGAAUCCGCGCCAACGACAAAGAGUUUAAUGCCCAGUUCAAAUAUCACAACAACUACAUCAAGACCUCAAAGUAUUCGCUGUUCACGUUCCUGCCCUUUAAUCUUCUGGAGCAAUUCCAGCGGCUGGCCAACUUUUAUUUCCUAUGUCUGUUGGUCCUUCAACUGAUACCCGCAAUCUCCUCCCUCACACCCGUGACCACAGCCAUUCCCCUGAUAGGAGUACUCACUCUAACUGCGGUUAAGGAUGCCUACGAUGAUAUUCAACGUCAUCUGUCCGACUCGCAGGUGAACAAUCGCAAGUCGAAAACUCUUCGCAAUGGCAAGUUGGUGGAGGCCAAGUGGUCGGAGGUGCAGGUGGGUGACGUGAUCCGGCUGGACAACAAUCAGUUUGUGGCAGCCGAUACGCUACUACUGUCCACAUCCGAGCCAAAUGGUCUGUGCUUCAUCGAGACAGCCGAAUUGGAUGGGGAGACGAAUCUCAAGGCGAAACAAUGUCUGACAGAGACCAUCGAGCUGGGGGAUCGUCACGAUUCGUUGUGGAACUUCAACGGUGAGAUCAUCUGCGAGAGGCCCAAUAAUCUGCUGAACAAGUUCGAUGGCACCUUAAUCUGGCGGAGUCAGCGGUUCGCGUUGGACAACGAGAAGAUCCUGUUGAGAGGCUGUGUCCUGCGGAACACACAAUGGUGCUAUGGCGUUGUGGUCUUCGCCGGAGUGGACACCAAGUUGAUGCAGAACUCUGGAAAGACGCAGUUUAAGAGCACGGGCGUGGAUCGCCUGCUAAACUUUAUUAUCAUUGGGAUCGUCUUGUUUCUGGUGUCAAUAUGUGCCCUCUGCAUCGGCUGUGCCGUGUGGGAGGGCCUGAUUGGCCAGCAUUUCCAGCUGUAUCUGCCCUGGGAACGCAUCAUACCCAAGGAUUACAUACCCACGGGGGCCACAGUCAUCGGAUUGCUGGUUUUCUUCUCGUAUGCCAUAGUCUUAAACACAGUUGUGCCAAUCUCUCUCUACGUUUCAGUAGAGGUAAUACGCUUCGUACAGUCGUUCCUCAUCAACUGGGAUGAGGAGAUGUAUUAUGCGACCACCAAUACCUAUGCCAAAGCCCGCACCACCACGCUCAACGAGGAGCUGGGCCAGAUCCAGUACAUAUUCUCGGACAAGACGGGCACCCUCACCCAGAACAUCAUGACGUUCAACAAGUGCAGCAUCAAUGGGCGCAGUUAUGGCGAUGUGAUUGACCUGCGCACCGGCGAGCUCAUCGAGAUUACGGAGCAGCAAACAAUUUUCCAAAAUAGCAACACCAACAACAGACCCAGCCCCGCAGGUGGAGCUGCGACAGCGCCACCUGCAGCAGCACCCCCCAUCAUCCUAGUGCACACGGCCGAGGUCCAUGCCAAGAAGAGUGCCCUGGUGGUCACCUCUUCCUCCUCCUCGGGGGAAGCACAGGUAUCCUCGAGACCGGACCUCGAGCACUCUGCUCCGCCGCUGGACGCCGGCGAAAAGAGGCUAGGACUCAAGCAUGUGCGAUACUCGGCGCCGAGUAGAAGUCAAGAGGAUGACCCUGGGGGACUGUCACCCAGGAUGGGUCUUACACCACCCAUCAGCAAUGAGGAGCGCAGGAACAGCGGCGGUUUCAAGCGGAGCGGAGCGGGAUAUAUGCAGCGUCAAUUGUCCCGCACAAGCAGUUGCGACAAAGUAAAGAUUUUGCAUGACACCGAACAUGAACAGACAGAAGCACACAACAUGCACCAUCCACAGCACCAUCGCAAGCGAUUAGUCAAGAUCCGGUUCAAGAAAUCCCCAUCAACAGUCACGCUCGAGCAGCCUUAUGAGGGGGAUCCAAAAUCCACAUACACACUGCACCCAAGCGAUUCGAGCACCACAAAGCACUGCCACAAUGCAUUCGCCACCAAUUGGAGUUCGUCGCCUCAGAGAGUGCACGCCCUUCAAACCGUCGACUUUUCGGCCAAUCCGCAUCACGAGAGCGACUUCAGGUGGUACGACCGCACGUUACUAGAUGCUGUCCGCUCAGAUGAGGAGCACUCCCAUGUGUUUUUCCGUCUGUUGGCCCUCUGCCACACGGUCAUGGCCGAAACGGUGGAUGGGAAGCUGGAGUACCAGGCCCAGAGUCCCGAUGAAGCUGCUCUUGUGGCGGCCGCUCGAAAUUUCGGCUUUGUCUUUCGUUCGCGAACACCAAAUAGUAUUACCAUCGAGGUGAUGGGACAGUUGGAGGAAUAUGAGCUCCUAAACAUCCUUGAUUUCAACAACGUCCGCAAGCGGAUGUCUGUGAUCCUCCGACGCGGUGACUCCAUGGUGCUCUACUGCAAAGGAGCGGACAAUGUGAUAUACGAUCGUCUGCAGAGCGAAGAAGAUAUGAAAGCGCGCACCCAGGACCACCUUAAUAAAUUUGCUGGUGAGGGCCUGCGUACCUUGGCUGCUGAGCGUCGUUUAACCGAGCAGUACUACAAUGACUGGAGGAGUCGCCAACAGGAGGCUGCCCUUUCGAUGGACUCACGACAGAAGCUGAACGAAAUCUACGAGGAGAUCGAGAGUGAAAUGCAACUGGUUGGAGUGACGGCCAUCGAGGAUAAACUGCAGGAUGGAGUGCCCAAGUCUAUAGCUAAUUUGCAGAAUGCUGGCAUAAAGAUCUGGGUCCUAACAGGAGACAAGCAGGAAACGGCCAUCAACAUCGGUUACUCCUGCCAACUGCUCACUGAUGAGCUGGCCGAUGUCUUUAUAGUAGAUGGAAACUCUGUGGAGGAGGGAAAACAGCUGAGACAGUUCAAAGAGUCCAUCAAAAUAUACAAUCGAUUUCGACCAGGAGUCUUUGAUCCUUUUGACCGGUUAAACAGCGACAGCAAUAUGGAUCCGCUGAGUGUGACCAUGACCCAAACAUCGGCCUUCAUGCAGGAGUCCAACCUCCCGCCUACGCCGCCUCCACCGCCUGCCAUUUCGGUGGUUACCUUUAGGUGGGAUGACAAAAUUAAGGAUAAUAAGGGCGGACCGGACAGUGCGGAAUGCAAUGACCUGUUCGGUGAUGAGAAGAGGAGCGAGGGAGGAGGCACAGGCUUUGCUUUAGUGGUCAAUGGACACUCACUGGUGCACUGCCUUUCGCCGGAAUUGGAGACCAAAUUCCUGGACAUCGCCUCGCAGUGCAAGGCGGUCAUCUGUUGCCGGGUAACGCCCCUCCAGAAGGCGCUGGUCGUCGAGCUAAUUAAGCGUGCCAAAAACGCCGUCACCCUGGCCAUUGGCGAUGGCGCCAAUGAUGUGUCCAUGAUCAAGGCUGCCCACAUAGGCGUUGGUAUCUCAGGGCAGGAGGGCCUUCAGGCUGUCCUGUCCAGUGACUAUUCGAUUGCCCAGUUCCGAUACCUUGAGCGAUUGCUGCUGGUCCAUGGUCGCUGGUCCUACUACCGCAUGUGCAAAUUUCUGCGAUACUUCUUCUACAAGAACUUUGCAUUUACCCUGUGCCAUUGCUGGUAUUCGCUCUUCUGCGGCUUCAGCGCUCAGACGGUGUUCGACCCGAUGUUCAUAUCAGUUUACAAUCUGUUUUACACAUCCCUGCCCGUUUUGGCGUUGGGCGUCUUCGAGCAGGAUGUCUCGGACAAGAACAGCGUGGAGUUCCCACGCCUCUACACGCCGGGUCUCAAAAGUGAGCUGUUCAACAUUCGGGAGUUUAUCUACAGUGUGUUGCACGGGGCCUUCACCUCGCUGGUCUUGUUCCUCAUUCCCUACGGCGUAUACAAGGACGGCGUCUCGGAAAACGGAUUUAUCGUCAGCGAUCAUAUGACCCUGGGCGCGGUGGUGGCCACCAUACUCAUAGUGGAUAAUACGGCACAGAUAUCUUUGUACACCUCUUACUGGACCGUUGUCAAUCAUGUGACGAUUUGGGGUAGCUUGGUGUGGUACUUUGUGCUUGACUAUUUCUACAACUAUGUCAUCGGAGGGCCUUAUGUGGGCUCUUUGACCCAAGCCAAAGACCUGACAUUUUGGGUUACCAUGUUAAUCACAGUGAUGGCCCUGGUGGCGCCUGUUCUGGCCUACAAGUUCUCUUUGGAUGUUCAUCCCAGCCUUUCAGAUAAGGUAAAUGUCAUUUGAACAACCGAAACCAUGCUUAAAAAUUUAUUUAUCAAAACAGAUACGUCAAAGGUCCUGAAGAAGAUUCACUCGAGAGCCUCUAGUAAUGUCAGGCGAACGGCUUCAUCGCGCCGCGGACGUCGUUCCGUUAGAUCAGGAUAUGCCUUUGCUCAUCAGGAGGGCUUUGGUCGCCUGAUCACCUCUGGAAAGAUCAUGCACAAAUUGCCGCAGGACUUUGCCUUCCCUCUGGGCUUGGGCACUAAAAAAACACAGGUCCUUCACAACAACCUUAACUCUGCCGAUGGAGUUUCGAAGACCAACAACGUCUCGGGCCAACAUAUGGUGAAUAACAACACAAAUUUGAGACAGAACCAGAACCACUCGUCGAUGGCGGAUGUUACGGCCGAUGGACGUGGAACUGGGGGAGAAGAUGGCCGGGGCAGUGUAAGCACGGAUGAUAUGAGUCCUCGUGCUCCCUGCCAGGACCUGGAUACGAUUAAUCUCUAAGCUUUAGAUGCAGGUGCUGGAUCGGUAGCGGGUUCCGUAACAAACACCAAAAACUUAAUGAAUUUAAGUCAGCAAAUUAAGAAGAGGUUAAAGUUUUAGUCGAGUAGAGUAUUAGAAUUUAGUAAGGGUGUAAGUGAUUUUUUUCUGGUGAAUGUGAGUCAAAAAAAUGGAACAAGUAUUAUAUUGAAUGUUUGUAUAAUCUUUGUUUCUCUCCUCUUUAGAAGAGUACUUAUUUUAUUGUUAGGUUUAUUUUGCCAGUAAUAAGUUGAAAGUAUUUUUACCGGAAACCAGUGAAUCAUCAUCCAAAGACAUUAAAACCCUCUAUAGCUUAUACAGGGUUAGCUAGCGAACCCUUCUAAUCAAAACUCUGCAAAUUAAAAAUACCUACCACAAUCCUUUCCUUUGACAAUCCACAAUAUUUUAACCCCAUUCCUAAAAUCUCAAGAAAGCACAAAAAUCUCUUUUUCACGUAUUUAUAUCAUCGUUGACUGCAUUUAAGAGAGUGAGCCCCCUGAAUGAUUGAACGAGUGCUUGAUUUUUAAGAUGUAGUGUAGGUUAUAUUAGAUCUAAAACUGUCUUUGGGAAACUGAAAGUGUACUUAAUUGCUUAAUGAUGUGCUGUGUGCUUAGCCAAUAUAACUGCGGUGUUAACCACCGUUCAGAGUAGCUUAUCUACCUUUAGCCGAACGAAAUCUCGUCUCAAAGUCCAUUGCUAUAUUCUAUAUACUCCCCCGACAAAAACACAACAACAUAUAGAGAAGUCCACACGUCUGUGUUCCUAAUUAGAGUUGUAGAAGUAAAGCCUGCAAAUGCCUUAGAGAGUCCCUAGUGUUAAGUCCUUUUAGCAGUAUCGGGUUUUCUAGUUAGGACUCCCAUUAUUUUUCGGUUGUUAGAGAUGGGCAUUCGAAUAAGCGGGCUGUGGGUUGAACGGUAAAAGAGGUCUAAAGUGAUUUAUUAUUAGCGUGCAAGGGUUUAAGAAAGGUAUUUGUGGCUUUUUAUAAAAUAAAUGGGAAAUACUGCUAAAUAUAUCUAACGAAAUGUUUUUGGUACAUAUUUUUGCAUGACAAGAAAUCAAACUCUUGCAAAACAUACAUAACUUUAAAACAUAAAGGUAUAUAACAUAACUUUAAUGUGCAAAUUGUUGCUACACAAGAAAAGAAAUGAAAGAUAAUUACAGAACCAAAUAAAGAGAAAACCUUUUAUUUUUAUCUAUUUUA